UUUCAGCUCUAUCCAGCGUAAAUAACUAUAAAUUUCGGUUCGGGUUGUUGUUCUUUUUUUUCGUUCGUUAAUAGCACGCUAAAACAAAUAAUCGAAGUUAAGAGAUCCCAACCAGCAUUCAAACACCAAAAUGCUUUCGCUGCAAAACCAACGGCAACCGAAGACCACUCCACUGGUGGACGAUUACGAGAUCUCGGACACGGUGCUGGGUCUGGGCAUUAAUGGCAAGGUGGUGCAGUGUAACCACCGUCGCACCAAACAGAACUAUGCCCUUAAGGUGCUGUUGGACAACGAGAAGGCGCGGCGCGAGGUCGACCUGCACUGGCGCGUGAGUGGAUGCCGGCACAUUGUCAAUAUCAUCGAUGUGUACGAGAAUACAUACAGCGGACGGAAGUGCCUGCUGGUCGUCAUGGAGUGCAUGGAGGGCGGCGAACUGUUCCAGCGCAUUCAGGACAAGGCGGACGGCGCGUUUACGGAGCGAGAGGCAGCCCAGAUUAUGCACGAGAUCUGUGAGGCGAUAGACUACCUGCACAGCCGGGAUAUCGCUCAUCGCGACCUGAAGCCGGAGAACUUACUGUACACCACUUCCCAGCCAAACGCAAUUCUUAAGCUGACGGACUUUGGCUUUGCCAAGGAGACAUUCACCAAUGACACGCUGCAGACGCCCUGCUACACGCCCUACUACGUGGCUCCCGAGGUCCUCGGUCCAGAGAAGUACGACAAAAGCUGCGACAUCUGGUCGCUGGGCGUGGUCAUGUACAUAAUCAUGUGCGGCUUUCCGCCUUUUUAUAGCAACCAUGGCCUGGCUAUUUCGCCAGGCAUGAAGAAGCGAAUACGCACCGGCCAGUACGAUUUCCCAGAUCCAGAAUGGACGAACGUCAGCCAGGCGGCCAAGGAUCUGAUUAAGGGCAUGUUGAACGUGGAUCCUAGCAAGCGGUUGCGCAUCCAGGACGUUAUCCGCAACAAGUGGAUUGCCCAGUACAAUGCCGUUCCCCAGACGCCACUUUGCACGGGUCGUAUGCUAAAGGAGGGCGAGGAGACCUGGCCUGAGGUGCAGGAGGAGAUGACGCGCUCUUUGGCCACCAUGCGCGUGGACUACGAUCAGAUGCAAAUCAAGGCGCUGGACAAGUCAAACAAUCCGCUGCUGACGAAGCGCAGGAAAAAGAUCGAGGAAAUAGAUCUCUCUCUGUCGCGAGAGAGAAAGAGAGAGUUUUAACACGAGCGGAUAAACGUUGUACAACUGCUUUACACAAAACAAAAAGGAUACUACUUAUAUUUACUACUUCAAUGACGACAGCAGCAGGAAGGCCAGAAAGCGACAACCACUACUACUAUUAAAACAACAACCUCUGCGAAAUCCGCUCCAGGCUAUUUUACAUAUUACGUUACGUUUUCUUUUUUGUCCCCUUUAUAUGUGUAAUCCAUAUUUCCAAGUUAAAGGUUCUUAGGGUAUUUUGUAGUCUGAAAAGUUCUAUUUUUUGUAAAAAAAAAUGAAACUAUAAGCCAAGACCGGGAAGCCUAGCUAGCCAGCCCCCAGUUGCAGCUGGAUAAAUGCAGAAUUUUCGAUGCCUCGGAAAUGUUUUAUUUCCCAUUUUUUUUUUAACAUUAUUGAUAAUAUAAAUUUUUUCGUGUACGUGACUUUGAUUAUACAAUUGUUUAUGUAUGUAUAUCGUUGUGUAUAUGUAUGGUAUGGUAUAUAAUUCAGGAUGAAGAAAACAAGAAUUAAGCAAAACAACAAACAAUUAUAAAUUAAACAUUAAAGCAAGGAACUUCUGUGUUGGUUACAA